AUGCAUCCCCUUCAGCCUGCUGAUCUCGGCGCUGCGUGCCCCCCUGGUGUUGGACUUCGUGUUGGACCUUCUGCUUCUGUUGCACUUGGCCCAGCUCGUGGUCACGGCACAUCCGCAUCGGCACGCUCCUUGAAGCCCACUGCCACUCACGCCACUGAUAUCACUACCAGCGACGGGGGUGCUAGUGCUGAUGCUAAUGCUGAAGCCGACAUUGACUUUGACAUUGACGACGCCGGCGGCACCGAUGGAGGCCGCGACUUCCCCAUCGACGCGGACUGCGACGACGAUGUCGAGAACUUCUUCGACUUCUACGGCAGCGGCAACGGUGGCAACAGCGGUCUCGGCGGCCACGGCGGCCACAUCAACUUCACAUACCGUGGGCGAUCCAUUCGCGCCGCCGACAGUAGACCGACUUACAAGGACCCCGAGAACCGCGUGACUCGUCGUCUGGUCGAUCGGAGCCGUGAGAUCGAUCCCCUGAGACAUGUCCCUCGAAGAGCGAAGAACCGUCGUUCUUAA